UGCACCAGAUAUAUAUCGUACGAGGUUAAAUAUAUUUUAGAAGAUUUUAGUGUAGGAAUUAACACCGCGCCCAGCUGAGCUGACGACGUCCAGCCAGACAGAAAGAUGCAGGCUUCAAUAUUGAGCAGAAUUUCCACUGUAGCGAAGGCUCGUCUUGCCCAGAGCCCAGCAGCCACAAGUGGGUUAGCUUCUGUUAGCCAACAUCGUCAUGCAUCUCAUGAGGCCGAUUUGGUGGUGAUUGGCUCUGGUCCUGGAGGCUAUGUGGCAGCAAUUAAGGCUGCACAGCUUGGCAUGAAAACAGUUUGUGUGGAGAAGAAUUCUACGUAUGGUGGAACGUGCCUCAACGUUGGCUGUAUUCCUUCAAAGGCCCUUCUCAAUAACUCCCAUUACUAUCACAUGGCAAAAAGCAAAGAUUUUCUUGAACGUGGAAUUGAGGUUGAUAAUGUAAAACUAAACUUGGAGAAACUUAUGGGAGCUAAGGAUAAAGCUGUGACAGCUCUCACUGGAGGCAUUGUUCACCUCUUCAAGAAUAAUAAGGUCCUUGGUCUCAGGGGUCAUGGUAAGAUCACUAGCCCUAAUGAAGUGACAGUUUUGCAAGAAGAUGGUACAAAUGAUAUUGUAAAAGCCAAGAACAUUCUCAUUGCCACUGGAUCAGAAGUUACUCCAUUUCCUGGUAUUGAAAUUGAUGAAGACGUUAUAGUGUCGUCAACUGGUGCACUAAAGCUGAAAAAGGUUCCUGAAAAAAUGAUUGUGAUUGGUGCUGGAGUCAUUGGUUUGGAGCUAGGAUCUGUAUGGUCUAGACUGGGUGCACAAGUGAUUGCAGUGGAGUUUUUGAACUCAAUUGGUGGUGUAGGAAUUGAUGAAGAAAUCUCAAAGAAUUUCCAGAGAAUCCUUACAAAGCAAGGCAUAAAGUUCAAACUGAGUACAAAAGUUGUCAGUGCCUCUAAGGAAGGUGAAAAGAUCACCGUGUCUGUGGAGUCUGUAAAAGAUGGAAAGAAAGAAGAUUUGGAUUGUGAUACACUACUGGUUUGUGUUGGUCGCCGUCCCUACACUAACAAUCUUGGUUUGGAAGAACUUGGGAUAGAGAAGGAUGCAAAGGGAAGAAUUCCAGUUAAUUCACGUUUUCAGACUGUGAUUCCUAACAUCCAUGCCAUUGGCGAUUGUAUCCAUGGACCUAUGCUGGCCCACAAGGCAGAAGAUGAGGGUAUAGUUUGUGUGGAGGGUAUUGCAGGUGGCCCAGUUCAUAUUGAUUACAAUUGUGUCCCUUCUGUUGUUUAUACUCAUCCAGAAGUGGCAUGGGUUGGAAAAACUGAAGAAGAUCUGAAAGCUGAGGGCGUGGAAUAUGCUGUUGGAAAAUUCCCCUUUGCAGCAAACUCACGUGCCAAGUGCAACAACGACACAGAUGGCCUUGUGAAGAUUCUGGGUGAUAAAGACACAGACCGCUUGCUUGGUGCACACAUCAUUGGACCAGGUGCAGGGGAAAUUAUCAAUGAAGCUGCCCUUGCCAUGGAAUAUGGAGCGAGCUGUGAAGAUGUUGCUAGAGUUUGUCACGCCCAUCCAACAUGUUCGGAAGCAUUCAGGGAAGCCAACUUAGCAGCGUAUUUUGGCAAACCUAUUAAUUUUUAAAAAGUAUUUGUUGAUUUAAGAUAGUUGCAUGAAGUUAAAUAAAAAAGUUAACUUUUUGUCAGCCAUAUUAUCAAUGAGAGUUGUAUGGGACAUUUUUCACCAUUGGAGUUAUUCAGAACAUGAUCAUCAUCAUUUUUUUUUUUUUUGUCAUGAACUCUUGUGUUAUCUGUUUUGCCCUAAGACCUCUUAAGCUUUAUACUGUACCUGUUUAAUAUUUAUACUGUAAUUGUUUUAAUUUACAUUCACUGUUUUGGCAUAUGUGCAUUUUAUCAGUCAAAUAUAUGAAUUCUGAUGUUGCUGGAUAUAAUUAGGUUUAAUAUAUAAAUUGAUUGAAUUGUAAAGUUCAGUAUUUUAUUCUGUAUACUUGGUCAUGCUAAAUUUCAAGAGGAAAUUCAGUUAAAACACUAGCUAUUUUCACUAUCUGGGGUCACAUUUGUAUAUAGCUGUUCAUAUCUGUAUUGCUUGUCAUAUCUUUUUGAAAAAGAUGCAAGUUGUAAAUUAUCUCACGAAGAGGUUUUAAUAUUUAAGUAAAUAUACAUUAUUUGAA